UCUACGGCCUUAAUAAGUACAACAAAAUGAAUAAUAUUUGCUAUCUACUGGGGGCUUUGGCUUUCAUAGUUGCUCGAGCGCAGAGCUUGCCGCGGCUAGAGAUGAACGAGAGUAGUCUAACUAAAGGUUUCUAUCCCUCAAGCUGCCCACAAUGGGAAGGCUUGUAUACCAUCCAAGUGCCAGGCGCAAAGCCUUUUAAGGCCUUAUGUGACUCAACUUUGGCUGGAGAUGGUUGGUUGAUCAUCGCUCGUCGUUUUGAUGGCAGUGUAAACUUCUAUCGCAACUGGACUAUGUACAAGGAAGGCUUUGGUGAUCUAUCUAGCGAGUUUUUCAUUGGUUUGGAGAAUCUGCACGCUAUUACCGCCAGUCAGGCGCAUGAGCUUUAUGUUUAUCUGGAGGACUUUGAUGGAAAUAAGAGAUAUGCAAACUACGAUGGAUUUGUUAUAAGCAGUGAGAUCGACUCGUAUAAGCUGCAAAUCUUGGGAGCUUAUUCAGGCGAUGCUGGCGAUGGGCUGAGGUUUCAUGUGGAUGGUAAAUUUGCAACGUUCGAUAAGUUUAAUUCGAUAGAUUAUGCUGUGGAUUAUAGAGGCGGUUGGUGGUAUAAUAAAGGUUGGAAGAGUAAUCUGUUUGGCGCGUAUAUGAGUGGAGAAUUUAACAGUGCUCAUGGUUAUUGUGGCAUGGCUUGGUCCUUUUGGCGUGGUUUUUAUUAUUCCUAUAAAAAUAUUCAGAUGAUGGUGCGACCCAAAUGCAAUCGUCUUCAGGAUUAAC